UUACGUGACAAUUUUUUUCUCAUCGGGUUCGGCCUACCUUAAAUUACUUUUCAAAGUCGCCAACCGACCUCCAUUGCCAGAAGUUGAAAACGCAUAUAAAAAUGUCGUUUAUUAAAGAAUUUUCUGGCAAAUAUCCGGAGCAUACACACAAAAAUGAUCCCAAAGCUGAAGAAUUAUUAUCUACAGCCAAAUUUGAUGCUCGAUUUCAAAUGUGCAACCAGGACAAGGCAUGCUGGCAGAACUAUGUAGAUUAUUUUAGAUGUAUAAAGAAGAAGGGGGAAGAUUAUGAACCAUGCAACUGGUUUAAAAAACAGUACCAAGCACUUUGUCCAGGCUUUUGGACGGAGAGAUGGGAUGAACAACGUGAAGCAGGAGCAUUCCCGGCCAAGAUUUAAUUGUGAUCAAUUAUGUGACAUUUUAGUUAAUAAGUUACCAUCUCAGGAUUUUUUAAUUAACUAGUUUGUUCCGAGAUGUAAAGAUGUGAUUCAAGAAUUUCAAACUUUACCAAUAAAGAAUUCUGAAUACUGAA